CACCAGUCAAGAUGGAGGGACCACUGCUCUAUCCACAGGAGAGAGAACCUAUGCACGUCAUAGCUUGCAGUUCACUGCCAGAGGUCUCCUAUGGGAUCUGUGGAAAUUGCAAAUGCGGAGAGAUGCAUUGCAAACAGCUGUGAUCUUGUAAUCAAUGGCUACCACGAUGAAUUCUGGAUCAUUGACGGACUUGCGCGACAGGGACGUGGAUGACACCGCUGUGUUUUACAGAUCCGGUUCCCACAGGAAGGAACCUCUGAGGGCAGUAGAUGUGCUUCCCAUCCUGAGAGAAAAGGUGGCCUUCCUGUCAGGGGGUAGAGAUCGAAGAGGGGGCCCCAUCCUCACCUUCCCGGCCCCCAGUGACCCUGAACGCCUCAGACAGGAAGACCUACGCCCCCUGCUGGACUAUCUCGCCACUGUCCCAAGCGAGGAGGCGUGCCGGCAUGGAUUCACGGUGAUCGUCGACACACGGGGCUCCCGGUGGGACGUGAUCAAGCCCCUGCUGAAGACGCUGCAGGACUCCUUCCCCCGCUGCGUCCACACCGCCCUCAUCAUCAAACCCGACAGCGUCUGGCUCAAACACCGCAGCUCCCUUGGCAGCACCAAAUUCGAGUUUGAGACCUACAUGGUGUCGGUGGAGGAGCUUUGUGAGCUGGUGGAGCCGUCUCAACUGACCCCAGACCUGGGCGGCAGCCUGCAUUACAACCAUGAGGCCUGGCUAGAGCAGCGCGUGGCCUUCGAAAGCUUCAGUGCCGAUGCAGCCCGUGCCCUGAGCCGCCUGCAGGACGCGAUGGACCCUCAGCAGCAGCAGCGCCCUCUGGCGGGCGAGGCGGGCAGUGCGAGGCGCAGCAUGGAGGAGCUGGCACUGCUCAGGAGCCGUGUCACUGACGGCGACCUGCGUGAGCUGGAGGCAGAGGGCCGGCGCCUGCUGCAGCGUCUCCACGGCAACGACGCCCACGGCCUGGCGCCUAAGGUGUCCGCCCAGGUGGAGCGCGUGCAGGAUGCCAGGCUGCACAUGCACCAGGUGUGGCAGCUGCAGAAGCACCAGGACCAGAGUCUGCAGCUGCGCAUGUACGAGCAGGAUGUUCAACAGAUGCUGGACUGGAUUCUGCACAAUAAGACUCUCCUGCUGUCCAGCCACUCAGAGAUCGGUGCUGACCAUCAGCACGCCCUAGAGCUGCAGGGUGACCACAGCCACUUCGCCCUCAGCUGCAUGGAUGUGUAUGUGAACGUGAGCCGUAUCAUGUCACUGGGGAACCGUCUGCUGGAGCUGGGCCACUCGUCUGCCCAGCAGAUCCAGCAGCUGUCUGCGCAGCUGGAGCAGGAGUGGAGGGCCUUCGCCGCGGCCCUGGACGAGCGCAGCUGCCUGCUGGAAGGCGCUGCAGCCUUCCACCACCGGGCCGAGCAGUACCUGAGCAGUGUAGGCUCAUGGAGAGAGGCGUGUGGGGAGGAGAAGCUGCCCUGUGAACUGCAGGACCUGGAGGACGCCAUUCAACAACAUCAGAACCUCUACGAGGUCUUCAGCACUGCAUAUACAAAGGUGAGUCAGGAGGGGAAGUCUCUGCUGGAUCGGCUGCAGCGGCCCCUGGCUGUAGCUGGUGCAGACUCACAGUCGCCCUCUGCCAGCAUGUCACAGACAAUUCGGGCGGUGCUGGAGGUGGUGCACGAGGUGCUCCGACAGCAGAGAGAGCUGGAGAACGCCUGGCAGCAGCGCAAACUACGCCUGCACCAGCGUCUGCAGCUAUGUGUGUUCCAGCAGGAUGUCAAACAGGUGAUGGACUGGAUUGAGGACCACGGUGAGGUGUUCCUGUGUAAACACACAGGUGUGGGGAGGUCCCUGCAACGAGCGCGAGCCCUGCAGAAGCGCCAGAAGGACUUUGAGGAGGUGGCUCAGAACACCUUCACUAAUGCGGAGCGUCUUCUGGAGGCUGCGGAGCUGCUGGGCCAGACGAGGGAGUGUGACCCGCAGGAGAUCCAGCAGGCCGCCCAGCAGCUGCAGGAGAGACUGCAGGAGUUCGGCCAGCGCGUGGAGCAGCGCAAGAACCUCCUCAACACCUCCGUCGCCUUCCACACACAUGGCAAAGAGAUGUGGGUGUGGCUGGAGGACCUGCAGGGAGAGCUUCAGGAGGAAGUGAGAUCGGAGUCAGUGGAGGUGUUGGAGGAGUUGAUCUCUCGCUGUGACCAGCAGCAGAACAGCCGUGAGCAGGCCGCUACCACUCUUAACCAGCAGGGGGAGGACCUGCUCCAACAGCUCAGGUCGUGUGCGGUGAGCGGGGGCAAGGCCCCCCCCAGCAGCUCUGCAGCCCACGUGCGCAGCGUCCUGCAGCAGGUGGGCGGAGUCGAGGCGCAGGUGGAGGAUCAGCUGCGGGAGAGGCGGGGCCAGCUGGAGCUGCUGAUGACGCUGCGUACCUUCGAGAGGGACGCCGCACAGGUGACGUCGGCCCUACAGCAGUGUGUGUCCCAGACUGGGGAGGAGGGUGAGGACGAGGCCAACGUGGAGCAGCAGCUGCAGCACUUCACCGAGAACACACUCCGUCUGAAGAAGCGCUACACUCAGAUCACACACCAGGGACAGCAGCUGCUGCUGCAACUAAGAGAACUGCAGAGUACAGGUGUAGAGCUGUUGUGUGAGCGUGAGGUGGACGUGACCGGACGAGUCCAGGACUUGCUGGACUUCCUGCAGCAGAAACAGCAGGAGCUGGACGCCGACGCUGAGCAGCAGAGACUCCAGCUGGAACAAACUGCUCAGUUACGCCACCUACAGGCACAGGUCAAACAGGUCCUGGGCUGGAUCAGGAAUGGAGAGUCUAUGCUGAAUGCAGCUGUGAUCAGUGCCAGCUCUUUAGAGAAGGCGGAGCAACUCCAGAGAGAACAUGAACAGUUUCAACACUCAAUUGAGAAAACCCACCAGAUGGCGCUGCAGGUGCAGCAGCAGGCAGAGGCGCUGCUCCUGGCGGUGCACGGGGAGGCGGAGCCUAUCCGGGACUGCGCCGAGAGCGUCGCCGCCCACUGGCAGCAGCUCAUGCUCAAGAUGGAGGACCGCCUCAAAUUGGUCAACGCCGCUGUGGCCUUCUACAAGACCUCCGAACAGGUGUGUGGCGUGUUGGAGAGUCUGGAAGAGGAGUACCAGCAUGAGGAGGACUGGUGUGGGGGCGGGGACAAACUAGGCCCCACCUCUGAGAAUGAUCAUGUGACCCCAAUGAUCAGCAAACACCUGGAACAGAAGGAGGCCUUCCUGAAGGCCUGCACAUUGGCCAGACGUAACGCUGACGUCUUCCUGAAGUACCUGCAGCGCUGCAGCCUGCACCUGCCCUCUGAGCCCGCUCACUGCACUGACACCCAGCAGCAAGUCAGGACUACCUUGAGUGAACUGCUUCAGAGAGAGAACCGUGUUUUGCACUUCUGGACCCUGAGGAAGAGGAGGCUGGACCAGUGCCACCAGUAUGUGAUGUUUGAACGCACGGCUAAGCAGUUGCUGGACUGGCUUCAUGAUUCGGGAGAGUUCUUUCUGUCCACACACACGUUCACAGGCUCCAGCAUUAUACACACACGUGAUCUGCUCACAGAACAUGAGGAAUUCCACAUCUCAGCAAAGCAGAACCGUGAACGUGUGGCAGUGCUGCUCCAGUUGGCCGACGACUUCCGAGAGAAGGGCCACGCACACACGGCCGAGAUCCAGAAGUGGGCGGGGCUAGUGGAGCAUCGCCACAGCGACUUCUGGCUGCGUCUGGAGAUCCGCGGGGCGGCGCUCGAGGAGGCUCUGGGCCUCUCCUCCGAGACCACCAGCUUGAGUGACGACGUCCAGCUGGAGCUCACGCCCACCAGCCCCUCAGGGGCAGAGGUCAAACUGCGGGAGGCUGCGCAUGAGCUGAACGAGGAGAAGCGCAAGUCGGCCCGGAGGAAAGACUUCAUCAUGUCAGAACUUCUGCAGACAGAGAAGGCCUAUGUCAGAGACCUUCGAGAGUGCAUGGACACCUACCUAUGGGAGAUGAGCUGUGGUGUGGGCGACAUCCCUCCAGGCAUUAUUAAUAAAGAGUACAUCAUAUUUGGCAACAUGCAGGACCUCUACGACUUCCACUACAAUAUUUUCCUAAAGGAGUUGGAGAAGUACGAGCUCUUGCCAGAGGAUGUAGGACACUGCUUUGUGACGUGGGCGGAUAAGUUCCAGAUGUAUGUGCAUUACUGUAAGAACAAACCUGACUCAACCCAACUCAUUGUGGAGCAUGCUGGCAUUUACUUUGAUGAGAUUCAGCAGAGACACAGGCUUCCAAACUCCAUAUCCUCUUACCUCAUCAAACCCGUUCAGAGAAUCACCAAGUACCAGCUGCUCCUCAAGGACCUCCUGAGCUGUUGUGAGGAGGGUAAAGGCGAGAUCAAAGACGGCCUAGAGGUCAUGCUCAGUGUCCCCAAGAGAGCCAAUGACGCGAUGCACCUCAGCAUGCUGGAAGGUUUCCCUGAGAGUAUUGAGCCUCAGGGGGAGCUGGUCCUUCAGGAGUCCUUCCAGGUGUGGGAUCCCAAGUCUCUGAUUCGUAAGGGCCGCGACCGACACCUCUUCCUCUUCGAGAUGUGUCUUGUCUUCAGCAAGGAGGUCAAGGACUCCACCGGCAGGAGCAAAUACCACUACAAGAGCAAGCUCAUGACAUGUGAGCUGGGAGUCACAGAGCACGUGGAAGGGGACGCCUGUAAAUUUGCCCUCUGGGCAGGAAGGACCCAAGCCUCAGAUAAGAUUGUCCUGAAGGCCAGCAGUGUUGAGAGUAAGCAGGUGUGGAUCCGGCAGGUGAGGGAGGUGAUGCAGGAGCGUACCGUUCACCUGCGGGGGGCGCUACGGCAACCACUCCCCAUCCCUCAGGGCAAUGCCCAUGCCAGAGGCCGCAGAGAAGGAGAGUGUGUGUCCAGUGAUGGUGAUGGCCACAGCCAAUCAGAUACCUCUAUAGCAUCUGGCUCCUCCCACGGCACAGUAGAGAGUGAGCAGCAUGUGUUAUGUCUUCUGCAGGUCUCGGGGGGCUGUGAUCUGGCGCUGGUAGUGCGGGACUUCUCGGCUAGCAGCGGUGGGGAGCUGACGGUGCGUCGCGGCCAGAGGCUGCAGCUGAUGGGGGGCACACCGGAGCGGCCCGACUGGUGCCGGGUGCGCUGCUCGGAGGGAGGGGGCACGCUGGAGGGGCUGGUGCCCCGCUGCUCCCUCUACCUGCCCCUCGCCCACUGCACCGCUGGCAUAGAGGACCUGCACAGCAGCAGAGACUCUCUGUCCGUCUCCAGUCCUGACGGUGGAGUUCCGGGUGGUUCCCCGGGCAACCGUCGCUCGGGCUCGUCGUUAAGGAAGUGGCUGAGCAGUCCGGUGCGGAGGCUGAGCAGUGGCCGGGCCGACGCCCACGAGCGCAAGAGCAAGCAGCGGCGGGGCCGCGAUGGCGCACGCUCACCGCGAGACACCGAGCCCGUCGCCAUCACCACGCCACAGGAGGACAACACGGAGGAGCGAGUGAGGGAUGAAGUUGUGUGCAGUGGUACUCUCUCUAAGUCAUCCUCCUCGGGGCUGCAGAGCUGUGGGGAGGACGAAGGAGAGGAGGGCUCAGAAGCUGCUCCUCUACCGCCCCCUAUGGCCAUACAGCAGCACUGCCUGCUGCAGGAGGACUCUCAGGAGGACAAGAUCCCUCCACGCCAGGCAACCAGACUCACCAACCCAGACCCCCCUACUGCAGAGGAGCUAGUCAGUGCCAUCCAGGAACUGGUCAAGAGCAGGAUGGCUCUGGAUGAGCAAAUUGAUGGCCAUAACCCUUCCUGUUACCCCGGCAACCACUCCCUCCUCUCCUCCUCACCUCCCAUCCCAGAGACGGACGAACGCAAGACGGCCUUCCUGAAGAGACGGCACUUUGUGCUUCUGGAGUUGGUGGAGACUGAGAGAGACUAUGUGAGGGACCUCAGCUCAGUGGUGGAGGGCUACAUGAGGAAGAUGAACGAGGACAGCGUCCCCGAGGACAUGAAGGGCAAGGACAAGAUCAUCUUUGGCAACCUCCAUCAGAUCUUCGACUGGCACAAAGAAUACUUCCUGGCUGAGCUGGAGAGGUGCCUAGAGAGCCCUGACAGACUGGCAACCCUAUUCAUCAAACAAGAGAGACGCUUUCAGAUGUAUGUGGUCUACUGCCAGAACAAGCCCAAAUCAGAGCAUGUUGUGUCAGACUACUUGGACACCUACUUUGAGAGCUUGAGGCAGUUGCUGGGUCAUAGGCUACGCAUCACAGACCUUUUGAUCAAGCCUGUUCAGCGCAUUAUGAAAUACCAGCUCCUGCUCAAGGACAUUUUGAAGUUCUCACAGAGGGCUGGUGUGGACUGCACAGAGCUGGAGAAAGCAGUGGAGGUCAUGUGUAUUGUCCCCAAACGAUGUAACGACAUGAUGAAUGUAGGUCGCUUGCAGGGCUUUGAGGGUAAAAUAACAGCGCAGGGCCAGCUGCUGCUGCAGGACAGUUUCCAGGUGUGUCAGGUGGAGACAGGGCCUCUCUCUCGCAUGAAGGAGCGGCGCGUGUUCCUCUUUGAGCAGAUCAUCAUCUUCAGCGAGCCCCUGGACCGCAGGAAAGGCUUCUCCACUCCCGCCUACCUCUUUAAGAACAGCAUUAAGGUCACCGGGCUGCGUCUGGAGGAACUCGUGAACUCUGACCCCAGCAGACUGGUUCUGACCUCCCAGUCACCGGGGGGCAGUGAUGAGCGCUUCAUACUCCUGGCAUUGAGUCCUGCUAUAGGCCGAGCCUGGCGCCACCAGAUCAACCUGAUGCUGGAGAACCAGCGCAAUUUCCUCAAUGCCCUGACGUCUCCAAUUGAGUACCAGAGGAGUCACAUGGGUGGGGGGAGCCCUGGAGCCUCAAGCAGCAGUAGCAGCGGUGGUGUUGGUGGGGGGGCCACACGCUCCCGACCCCCCCAGCAUCCCCAUCAGCCCCGCUCCCCAGCCCUGGGCAAACGCCCCCCAGACUGACAGCAGCAGCAGUGGCCUCUCCAGCAUCUCUCUGCCCAUCAGGACCCCACCACCCCGCAGGAGGAGGAAGAGGAAGAGGAGGAGGAGGAGACGGUCACGGCAGCUGGAGUGAGCUACUGCCGGCCCCCAACAGCAUGCAGUAGAGCUGGAGUCUCCCUUCACGCACCCAGAACCCAACACAGAGACCAGCUGACGCUGGAGCAGACCUGGUUCUGGGUCGGCAGAUCUGGGCCGGGUCUGUUUCAGAAUCAUCUGCUAUUCUGAUCUGCUAUUCCUGCACCCACCGUCCAGCACCGAUCACCUGGUUCUCAACAGAACCCAGCCCCUAGCACAUCACAUUCAGCUCCUACCUCAUCAUGCUAACACCCCAUGCUAAUCACACAGCGUGCAAUCCUCCGGUACCCUGUGCACACAACUUGCAACUCAGCACCCAACACCUUUGAUUAAGCUCACAACAUGCAUUAUGUAACAGUCCACACAUAGCAUCAAAAUCCAAUGUGUGAACUGUAAAACCAACAACAUAGCAUGCAGUACUAAACAUCCCACAUUCCAAAUCCCAACAUUCAACACUUGGAUUCUAACACCCACAGAUAUCAAGCACUUUCCACACUUCCACCAUCUUAUAUAAAGCAGCCCUAAAUCCAGCGGUUAAAUCCAUAUAUACAACAUUAGGCGUCAGACGUUAGCUGUCCUGCUUGUUCUUCUUUUUCCUGUUGAAGAGGAGGGUUCCCAUUCCAGGUGGCAGCCAUAUUGGUACAGAAUCUGAGCCACAUCCAGGCUAGAUUGGGUCCAAAAGCACCUGCUAUGUGAGAUCCAACCACAGCAGCAGGAUCUACUCUCUUUCUAAACUGUUCCGCCUCUUUCCUGCAUGACUGAUAGCACAGGACGAUUACUUCUCUCACACACACUUACAGUAUGUCUAGACGCAUAUACACACACGCUCUCUUACACAUGUACGUAAACACACAUUGAUACAGACACACAGGAUUAUAUCUUUGUCUUUCUCACACACAUAUGUGCUCAUACACACACACACACACACACACACACAUCAGUGUGAUGUUCUGAGUAAACACAAUGCUGCACUAGAUGUUUCUAUCUGUGGUAAUUCUGCUGCAUGUUGCUGCUAUAACAGAGCUACACACACACACACACACACACACACUGCAUCAGAUGGGACACUCUGCCGCAGACCAGGGUUUCACUUAGCCACAUCUCUUCUGUCCAGAUCCCGACUGGCUGCAGCUUGUAGUUCCCUGCUUUCUGCAGGAUUCAGAGCAAGUGACCAUAGGUCCCAGUGCUGUAUGUGAGCCCUUGUGUUUUUUAAAAGAGAUUACAUUUUCUAUGGAGAGCGAUAUGGAAGAAGACGUUCUAAUUUCAGAAGAUGCAUAUUUUGAGAUAUUGAAUGAGACGGUAAACUGACUCUUUAAAGACAUUAUUGUGCAGAUGCAGUCACAGCAAAAUGUUAUAAAAUCAAAGUGACAAAGUAAAGUGUGUUUUUCUUUAAUGGUGUUGGUUCAUUUGCGUUGUUAAGUCACCCACCAUGCUUUUUUGAGCUCAUGGAUACGUGCCCUCAAACAUUUAUUUUGGCUGCAGUGUCCUGGGAAGAUCUUCUGUUUGAAGACAAGGUUCAGCUCGGGAACAGGCCACCAAGAGAACAGCUGACUCUGUGUGAGAUCUGGCCCAGACGUGGCACUGAUCUGGUGAGGGUCUGGGGCAGCUGUCAGAGACACAGCUCUCACCUGGGCAGGCGCUGACAUAGUUUCAUUACAUAGCCCGGAGAGAGCGAGACAGAUUAGCACUCCCAUUGAGUUCAGUAACAUGGUGUUCGCUACUUCAUCCCAGGAAGUCUAAAUACUCCACCAAAACUACACUGAUUGGCAACCCUGCAUGAUUGAAACCAGCCGAUGGGAAAUCAACUUAAAACUCAAAAUAGCUGAAUGCUAACUCUGCUAAGCCUGGCCCUCUGCUCUGGAACAUAUCCUCUAUCAGCUGGAUCUGGAUCCACACCCAAUCAGGCCCAUAUCGCCUCUGGAGUCAGCUGCAACCUUGGAGUUCACUCAGAGACUUGUUGAAUGGAGCCGUGCGCAAUGAUGUUCUACUUGAACUAUGUGAGACACUUUAAGACUUACAAAUCACCUUGUUUAAUGUGUACCCGCCAGAAAGCCUCUGGUUAUGUCCUUUCAAUUUAAUGACCUCUAAAGAUGUGUUUUCCUGCUCAGUGAGUUCUAAAAGACAGGUUCUAGAGACCGGUGUCAUGCAAGGCAUGUGUCAUACUGUUCCUUGCACAAAUAAUUGAUUUCCACUUAAACCAAAGCUGUCCUUCUUUCGCCCGUUCAUUUGCAUCCUGAUUGUUUGUGAUGCUUAGAAUGGCUUUCUGAAUGAGAUGUCUGAUAAGUGAAUAGCGUGUUUGUUUUCGGUUGCCUGUGGUUCGGUUAGAUUUUUUUUUUUUUUUUUUGCUGUGACCCAGUGAGUGCUUAAAAGCCAUACUUCAGGUUUUGAAUAAUGAUCUCCUCCUCUUCCUGUGUGGCAAACGUGUUGUAGUGUAGUUUCCUGUGCAUGCUGAGUGCGUUUGCGUUAAUGAGGCUGUACUUUACGCUGGAUGGCUCUGAACUCCUGCGCCUCUCUUACCCCCUUCUGCUUUGCCUUGCUUCACCUCGUGUCAUUGAGUUAAGAGGCUGAAAAUGAGUCAUAGCCUCCCCUUUCUAGGAAAACAGCAAUGAAGUAAUUUCAGUAAUAAUUUGAGUGUAUACGUCUUCGAUUCCCAGUCUUAGACCGCCAUUUCCUUCUUUUCAACCUUGGUAUACCUACCACUUGAUUUUAGGCACUCCAAUGUAAGACAUGUAAAUUCUGUUAAUUCAUCAGAUUAAAACAAACAUGGUUGUACUCCUUGUUUAAAGGGUAAGUGUUAAGUCUCAUUUGUUUUAUAAUGUAUAGUUUUUACAGACACAGCCAAACAGGGGACUGGACAUAAUGUAUACUCAUAUUUUAUACAUGACUUACAUUCUAAGUGUUCGUUUUGUUUGUGUGUGUAUAUUUCUGUGUACAGAAAUUAUAUCUGCAUAUUUAUAUUCAUGAAGAUUAAAGCAGAUGGAACAAUGA